AUGAGUCCUUCUCUGGAACCGCUAGCUAUAACUGGGAUGUCCCUAAAAUUCCCAGGGGAAGCCGAAUCUACUGAAUCGUUCUGGAAAUUGAUUACAGGGGGCCAGACACCAAUGAGAGACCACCCCCCUGAUCGAUCGAACAUUGAUGCAUUUUACCACGCUGACCGCGGUCGUCUUGAUCGGUUAUCAGCGCGCGGGGGGAACUUCUUGGAUCAAGAUAUAAGUCGGUUUGAUGCUUCAUUUUUCUCGAUUAAUGCGGUGGAGGCAGAGGCAAUGGACCCCCAGCAGCGUCUAAUCUUGGAGACUGUCUACCACGCCUUCGAGAAUGCUGGAAUCACGCUCAAUCAGGCCUCGGGGUCCAAGACCUGCGAUCCUAUGACUGUACCCAAGUUUCAUUCUACAGGGGUUUCGAUGAAUAUGCUAUCUGAUAGAGUGAGCUGGUUCUUCAAUCUCACUGGUCCGAGUGCUACUGUAGAUACAGCAUGCUCCAGCAGUCUGAUAGCCCUCGACCUUGCGUGCCAAUCUAUUUGGAGUGGAAACUCCUCUAUGGGUGUGGCUAUUGGCAGCAAUGUGAUCAUCGGACUUGACACUGGCAUACCACUUGAUAACCUUGGUUUAUUGUCCAAUGAGAGCAGGUCAUUUAGCUUUGAUCAGCGCGGCAAUGGGUAUGCUCGUGGCGAGGGAGUUGGGGUCCUGGUACUUUGCCCUCUUAAGGAUGCUAUCAAUCACAACGAUACUAUUAGAGUAGUGAUUCGCUCAUCAGGGUCGAACCAUGAUGGGCGAACUCCUGGAAUAACACGGCCUAGUAUGGCCUUGCAGCAACAGCUCAUUCUAGACACCUAUAAGAAAGCUGACCUUGACUUGUCUCUGACACGCUAUGUCGAGGCUCAUGGAACAGUUGGAGGAUCUGUCAAAUCCACAAUUGGUCACCUGGAGGGUGCAAGCGGAAUUGCGGGUGUCAUAAAAACGGUCAUUGCUCUGGAAAAAGGAAUAAUCCGCCCAAAUACCGAUUUUCAGCAAUUGAAUCCUAGGAUCGACGAUGCCUACCUUCGGAUCAAGGUGGCGGACAAGCAGAUUUCUUGGCCAACAGACGGCUUACGGCGAGCCUCUGUAAAUUCGUUUGGGUUUGGGGGCUCGAACGGACACAUAGUACUGGAUGACGCCUAUCACUCGUUGCAAACCAGUCGCUCCCAAGCGAACCAUAACACAACUGUGUAUAAGUCGAAUGGUUUGCUAAAGGACGAGAUCGCUUCACCUAGGCUACUCGUUUUAUCGUCGACAGAUGAGGAUGGCUUCUCCCGCCUUAAGGAUUCCUGGAGCUCGUUUUUCUCUUCCCUUGAGAUACCUACCACAGAGAAACAACGCUUCCUUAAUAACCUAGCGUAUACCUUGGGUCUCCGUCGAAAUCAUCUUUCUUGGAGAACGUUCACCGUCGCUCAUCCUAGUGAUGACUGGUCAUAUCUGGUUGAUGAUUUUGUCGCACUAGAACAGAUUAUACCUUCUCCCAAUGUAGCAUUUAUAUUUUCUGGGCAAGGGGCACAGUGGUAUGCUAUGGGCCGGGAGCUUCUUGAUGCUUACCAUGUAUUUCGCGAUAGUAUCCAGGCAGCUGGGGCCUAUAUACAGAGUCUUGGAUGCCAUUGGGACUUGGUUGACGAGCUACAGAAGGGAGAGGCUGAGUCCAAUGUCAACCAAACGGAGUACAGCCAAAUCCUCUGCACGGCUUUACAGAUUGCCAUGGCUGAUCUCUUACGUCAUGUAGGAGUAGUCCCUGAAGCUGUAGUCGGACAUUCGUCAGGUGAAAUUGCCGCUGCAUACUGUGCCCAUGCUAUACCCCGAGAGGUUGCAUGGAAGAUCGCCUUUUACCGCGGAUUAUGGACCAGCAAACUCGAAAAGUUUAGCAGUAUCAAUGGCGCAAUGCUUGCGGUUACUCUGUCGCCAGAAGCCAUUGCGCCAUUUCUUGAAAGGACGUUUGCCCACUACUCGGCUUCAAGGCUAACGAUUGCAUGCAUAAAUAGCCCUCAUAGUGUAACAGUAUCUGGAGAACAGCAACAGAUAAACACGCUGAAGGACUACCUUGACCAGGAGCAGAUAUUUUGCAGAAAGUUGAAAGUCAAAGUGGCAUACCAUUCCUUCCAAAUGGAUGAUAUUGCGACACAGUACCAUCAGGCCAUGGGUCUGAUAGAAGGAGCAGAUCAUAAAGGCAAAUGCCCAGAGAUCCUGUCUUCCGUGACAGGGACCUGGAUCUCACCUAGUGAGAUGCAACGCGCAUCAUAUUGGAUGAAGAACUUGGUUUCGACAGUCAACCUUUGCGAUGCUUUGACUACACUCUGCUCAAAUACCACUGAUGUGACCGUUAAAAAACUCGAUGGUAGUCAUCGACAGUCAUUAAGAAUGCACCAUCUUCUUGAGGUUGGACCUCACUCAGUUUUACAGGGCCCCAUCAAAGAUAUUCAGAAGGCAAUCCGGGGCCCCGCAGUUCCAUACUACUCAGUACUCGUCAGGGGAGCAUCAGCUGUGGAAACCUUUCUACUAGCUGUCGGUCAUUUAUAUGCUGCUGGAUACCCGACUAAUCUGUCUCGCGUGAAUCUAAUCACCUCCAAAGAAGAAAGACCAAUGUGCUUACCUUCAACUCCAAAGGUGAACAAGAACGAUCUGCUUGGCAUCCCAGAAUCGAACUGGAAUCCAUUAGAGCCACGCUGGCGGCAUAUAAUUCGGGCUUCAGAUCUGCCAUGGAUUAAGGAUCAUCAGAUUUCAGGCACAAUCAUAUAUCCUGCGGCAGGAAUGCUUGCCAUGCCCAUAGAGGCAGCCAAGCAGCUUGCAAGUCCAGGCAGGGUGGUCUCCGGGUUCAAUCUUGAAGAUACAGCACUUCUUGCCAGCAUUCAAAUUCCUCGAGGAGGCGGUGGUAUCGAGAUGAGCUUCUAUAUGCGACCUGGCGAUGCCAUAGAGACAAAGUUUUCUCAGUUAUUUUCGUUCAAGCUAUGCACAUAUGUGAAUGAUUGCUGGACGGAAAAUUGCCAUGGACGUAUCCAUAUUAUGUACCAACCGGACGAACCUGAUCCAAUCUAUGGGGACAAGCUAGAGCGAGAGGAAAUUACUGAUUCGCUGAAUGCAGUUUCAAAAGUACAAGAUGGAUGCACUUCACCUGUUUACAGUGAGGUGAUAUACAAUCAUAUGACCAGAUGCGGGUUUGAAUACGGCAAGACUUUUAGGCAGAUACACAGUCUGGCCGUGGGUGAAAGUAGUGAACAGGAAGUCAUUGGAGAUGUGAACAACUCAAGAGUAUCUACGCAAGAUACAAUUCACCCUACUUCUCUGGAUGGGAUUUUCCAGACCACGAUAUGGUCCAUGACAAAGGGAGGCACAAUAAGGGUUCCUACCUUUGUGCCCACGUAUAUCGCAAGUAUGUGGAUGGCUGCAAACUGUCCCAAAUGCAAUGUCCUCAAGACCCACACAAUGACGGUGGCCUCACAAAAUGGGGCAUUGUUGACGUCUAUUAAGGCAUUUAACCUGGAUCUUCGCGAGGUGAUGGUGUCUAUCGAAGGGCUGAAAUAUACCGCGAUUACGUCGAAAGCCCCUACAGAGAAUACGAGUCCCGUGAAGAACAAGCCGUGUCAUCGCUUUGAGUGGAAGCCAGAUAUUAAUCUCCUGAGCAACGAGGAAAUCCAUACCUUAUACUUCCUCGCCGAGCUUGACUUUCUCGUGAUGCUGAGAAUCAUGGAAACACUGCAGGUCAUAUCAGAACGCGAUAUCAAACCCCAAAAGCCGCACCUUAAUAGGUAUAUUGACUGGAUGAGGCACCACCAAGAACAGCUCCUGGGCGGAGAGCUUAUGUUCUCCGCAGAGUCAUGGAAGAGCCGAUUCAGUGAUACAAAUUUCAUCGAAGGUGUUGAAUCACGAGGAAUGUAUAAGAGUAAGCAAGGGGAGCUGGUUGCAAGGGUCACGCGACAUUUGGUAGACUUCUUGGACAAUGAGAUGGACCCAUUGGCAUUUUUGUACCAGGAUGACUUGGCCAGGGACUUUUAUGCGGAAGGGGUGAGGCUGAUCCUAUCCAUUGGCUUGUACUUGGAGAAGUAUGUUGAUCUCUUGGCCCAUGCAAAUCCGCAGAUGAAGAUUCUAGAGGUUGGCGCUGGGACCGGGUCUGCAACUGCCUCUCUACUGCGCAUUCUCAGAAACGGUCAUGAGCGCGAUUCAAUGAACCCUAGAUACGCGCAUUGGGAAUAUACGGAUAUAUCGCGCUCAUUCUUUGGCGAAGCUGCAAAGCGAUUUGCGUCUGAAGGAAGUCGAAUAGCGUUCAAAGCAUUAGACAUUGAGGAGGACCCGGCCGAUCAGGGUUUUGAAUAUGCAGCGUAUGACCUUCUUCUUGCUUCUAUGGUGUUCCACGCUACUUCGGAUCUGGCCAGGACAUUGACCCACGCCCGAAGACUGUUGAAAUCUGGUGGAAAAUUAAUAUUAGUCGAGGGGACGAAUACCUCCGCUAUUCGCGCCGCUGGAGCAUUUGGCCUUCUCGAAGGGUGGUGGCUUGGUUCGGAAUCAUACCGAUCGUUCAGUCCAUUUGUGGGUAAAUCCCAGUGGAACACACUACUAUUACAAACUGGUUAUGCGGGUUGCGAGAUCUUCUUCCCAGACUACGAUGAUCGGAUAUGCCAUGAGAAUGCAGUCAUUAUUUCGACAGCAGCACAAAACCCAUCUCAAUUAGCCUAUGAUCAGCCCAUUGACAUUGUGUAUGAGCCUAGUGAUCCUACACAGCUGGACAUUGGACGUACUCUUGCCCAUCAUUACACAACUCAAACCCAAUCUGUUAGGCUCAUUCCAAUCCAGGAUGCGGCCCCUUCUUCUAGGGUGACCCUGCAAGUUUUCCUCCUAGAGUACCGAAAGCCAGUGUUCUAUGAUAUCGGGGAGGACAUAUACGAUAGACUUCAGCCUCUUCUACUUUCGGUUGACCCUAUACUAUGGGUGACCAACGGAGGGGGGAAAGAGUCCUCAUUGCCGAAGUCACACCUGAUAGAUGGGCUGUUUAGAGUAUUACCAGAGGAAGAUGGGAACAGAUCUCGCUACGUCCUUACUCUUGACCCUACGGAAAAGCCGAAGGUCCCUCAUUAUGAGACCAUCGCGAAGCUUACCCAACGAAUUCUGAGUGCCACUGUACCUAUUGAUACGGAGUAUAUUGAGUACAACGGAAUAUUGCAAAUUCCCCGCUUAACUGUUGAUCCGGUUCUAAAUAAAGCUAUCUCUGACCAGGAACAAGUGGUUGUAGAAAGGAAGCAGAAAUUCUGCUCUGGCCCACCACUUAAAUUGGAUGUAUCCUCACCCUCCAUGUUAAAUGGGUUCAAAUUUAUCGAAGAUGAUGCUGUACAACAUCCUCUAGUACCAAACGAAAUUGGAAUCCAAAACAGAUCGGUCGGUAUCAACUUUCGUGAUCUACUGGUGUCGCUGGGACAACUCGAGUCGAACCAAACGGGCCUGGAAUGUGCCGGUGUUGUCGUCCAUGUCGGGGACUCAUGUAGAAGAAUCAAGGUUGGAGACCGCGUUGCUGCUCUAUAUCCUACCACAUUUUCCCCCUACAUUCGCCUUCCAGAGUCAGGUCCAGUCGCAAUCAUUCCCGCAGGCAUGUCAUACGCAGAUGCAGCUUCCAUUCCAGUUAGCUUUGCUACGUCCUAUAUUGCAAUGAGAAAGGCUGCCUCCCUCCAAGCCGGGGAGUCGAUACUAAUCCACUCAGGGGCCGGCGGUACUGGGCAGGCGGCUAUUCAAAUUGCACAAUACAUUGGUGCAGAGGUCUAUACGACAGUCAGUUCGGAGUCUAAAAAGCAGCUGCUGGUCGAGGCGUACGGUGUUCCUGACGACCAUAUAUUCUCUAGCCGAUCAACAGGUUUUGCAAAAGCGGUAAUGAGAAGAACGGCAGGUAAAGGCGUUAACGUGGUAUUCAACUCUCUAUCCGGUGAUGCAAUGCUGGCUUCGUGGCAAUGCAUUGCAGCAUAUGGCCGCUUUAUUGAAAUUGGAAAGCGAGAUAUCCUGUCGAAUAACAACCUGCCCCUGGGCAAGUUCCUUCGCAAUACCAUGUUCAGAGCGUUCGAUUUAGAGGGAUUGAUAAUGGAUUGCCCAGAAGUCUGCUUAUCGGCUUUGGAAGAUAUACUAUCACUAAUAUCAAACGGUAUCUUGCGGCCAGUGCAGCCAAUUACUGCGUACGGAAUUAGCGAGAUCGAGGCUGCUUUCAGAUCCAUGCAGACAGGCAAGCUCCAAGGAAAGCUGAUAAUCGAUAUGCGAAUGGAGGACAGGGUCAUGACCGUGUUAAAGACAAAGUCUAACUUCAUCUGUAAUGGUAACGCAACAUAUGUCAUUGCGGGUGGUCUCGGUGGUAUUGGCCAAAGCAUCGCAGCCUGGUUUGUGGACCGUGGCGCCCGAACACUCCUCCUGCUCUCACGUUCAGGCGCCAAAGGAACUGAAGUCAUGAAGUUUAUCGACUCCUUACAGUCCAAAGGUGCUAGGGUUAUUGCUCCGGCUUGUGAUAUAUCCAAUGAAAGCGCUUUGCGUAAAGUGCUUGAAGAAUGGCAGUCUCAACUACCGCCUAUCAAGGGAUAUAUCCAGACUGCCAUGGUCUUACAGGACUGCACUUUCGAGGACAUGUCAUACAAACACUGGGAGGCAGCAGUCAAGCCAAAAACUCAGGGUUCAUGGAAUCUGCAUUGUCUUUUGCCAAGGGGCAUGGAGUUCUUCAUUCUACUUUCGUCCACAACGGGCAUCAUUGGCGCUCAUGGUCAGGCUAAUUAUGCUGCGGGAAAUACCUUCCAGGACGCUCUCACGCGGUAUAGAGUGAACCUGGGCGAGAGGGCUGCAUCACUAGACCUGGGGCACAUUGUUUAUACCGGAGCUAUGGCGAGCAAUCCAAAACUUCUGCAAAGAUGGCAAUCAAACUCAGUCUUUGCGCCCAUAACAGAAUCUGAGCUUAAGGCCUUGCUCGACUGCUACUGUAGUUGUUCACAUGGCUAUGAGCUUGACUGUCAACCAUCAAUCGGAGCUCAACCCGAAGUUAGAGAAAGAGGGUCGAGGACAGCCUCUUGGCUGGAGAAGCCACUCUUCAGGUGUAUGACACUCGAUGAAGAACAGUCACAAGACUUAACGAACCGAGGGCAGACUUUCCAGCUUGCAACAGCCAUGCACAAUGCCCGGUCUGUGUCGGACGGUAACCAGGCAGUUACAAGGGCUCUUACUGCUAAACUCUCACGCGCGUUGGCAUUGGACGAGAAGGACAUUGAUCCAGAUAAACACCUGGGCAAAUAUGGGGUGGAUUCACUCGUCGCUGUUGAGCUUCCUACGUGGUUUGCUGCGGAGCUGAAAGCCAAUAUUGCUAUUCUUGAUAUCAUCGGUAGUACAGUUGCGAGACUUGCAGAGUUAGCAGCUAGCCGAAGUAAACUUGAGAAGGGAUACUCUACAUAA